AUGAAUCUCCUUGCGCUACUAUCGACAGCGCAGUUCUUAUACUUAUUGGUCUCUGUUGCGCAUGCUGGGACGCUCACGAAGAAUGGUGAUGUCUGCACUGUCAGUCCUAGCGAUGACGGAAGCGACGAUACACCAGCUAUUCUCUCUGCAUUCGCAGAAUGUAGCCAGGAUGCAACCAUAGUCAUCGACAAAGGCACAUUCAACAUCGAAACCGUCAUGGAGACCGUUGGUCUGCAAAACGUUACCGUAGAUCUGAGGGGCACCUUGCUCUGGAGUACGAACAUCACUUAUUGGCGAGGCGCCGGUUUGCCCCUCAACUACUUGAAUAUGACUUCUGCCUGGGUCUUUGGCGGAUCUGAUAUCACGUUCAAUGGCAACGGUUACGGCACAUUUGAUGGACAAGGCCAAGUUUGGUACGACUUCGCAGAUGGUGCCGGUAACGUCGCAGGACGUCCAAUCUCCUUAAUUAUCGCGAAUACGACGAACAGUAGGUUUACAGGAAUCCGCUUUGUCCAGUCCCAAUUCUGGACAAUGGCGAUCACACAAUCCGAGAAUCUGCUGCUCGAUCAUAUAUACGUCAACAGCACCUCCAAUAGCUCUGCGUCUACUCUCAAUACAGAUGGCGUAGACACGUUUUUCUCUAACAAUAUUACCUUCCGCUACUGGUCUGUUACCAACGGCGACGACAGUAUCAGCCAGAAAGCCAAUUCGUCUAACAUCCUCAUCCAGGACUGUGUCUUCUAUAACGGAAACGGGAUUGCUGUAGGCUCUAUUGGGCAAUAUAAUGAUACAUACGAGUUCAUUACAAAUGUCACCGCGGAGCGGGUUGUGGCCAUCAACACAGUGUGGGCGGGGUAUAUUAAGACGUGGACGGGCGAAGUUGAGGGGUAUCCUCCCAACGGUGGUGGCGGUGGUAUCGGCUAUGCAUCUAACAUCACUUUCCGAGACUUCGCCAUUGCCAACCUCACAAACGGCGUUACCGAAAUAACACAAUGUAUCUCCUACAACGGCGACACGGGAGGAUGUGGCACCUCGACAUUUGCAAUAUCCGACUACACCUUCGAGAGCGUCUUCGGCACGAUCUCGGGCGGGAGCCUCGCAAACCUAUAUUGCUCAAACAAUGCACCAUGCCCAGGGAUCGACCUAGACUUUGCGAAUGUGGUCACGAAUGGGACAAGGAAUCUGACAUGUAGUAAUGUCGUGAAUCCUGACUUCGAGUGCACGGGUCCGGCGUACUAUAGCCCUUACUGA